AUGGCAACUCUAUCCUCAUCUGGCAAGGAGAUAUUUCCUCAAACAGUCAGAAGUAUAGAGAGUUACUUCAAACAAAAGGAAAUACAAUUUCAACAUGGUCACACAACUAUAAUAGCGAAAUGUCCAUUUUGUGCUACCAUCUCGAGCAGGGAGUCGAGGACUUCAGCAGUUGAGAAUCUGGGAUCAUUUAGUUUGUUUGUCAACAAAACAACUGGUAGUCAUGUAUGCAACAGUUGUGGCACAUCAGGGACUUGGAAGCAACUUAAGGUAUAAUAUCGGGGGUCUAGAUCGUUACUAGGCUAGAUCGAUAAAGAAACUUAAUAACCAGUGUAAAAUUGGCACCAUAUUCAACUACACGUUCACCACCACGUUCAAAAACACAUUCAAAAAAUGCCAAUGGCUAAUUUCAAUCACUCAAAACGACAAAACUAUCAAAGCGCUAUUUUCUCCCACAUGAAACAUCUUAAUGCAGCAAAAAACGAUAGAAAUACGUAGAACGAAUUUAUCUUUAAUUUGAGCUAUUAAACUUAUAGUUCCAAGCCGUAUAAGGGCAAAAAUUUCAUUUUUUCAUCAAAACAUAAAUUAAAACUGGAUUUCUUAAAUUAAUUGAAAAAGUCGGGAAUACAAAACUAAUCGUACCUUAGCCUCUAUUCUGUCCGAUUUUUUCAAACUUCCAUGUAUUGUACAACUUUAUAUGUACUUUCCUACGAUACUUCAUUCAUAUUAUGCACUUGAGCUUAAAGGCACAGUUCAGCCUGUUGAACGAUGGUUUUUAAGGCGCAUUUCAGCCCUUUUAAUUGAAAAAAAUAACUAGGAAAAUCAAUUAAGCAUAAUUCAAGAUCACCAAACUUAAUGUUUUUUAACAUUUUUGUAUCUGCGCGUAGCGCAGAUAUAUUGCUAUCGCGUCAGUCAGUAAAGUAAAGUAAAGUUAAGUUAGUAAGUUAAGUUGUUAACUCGUUAAGUCCGUCAGCCUUGUUUUGAAGACCUGUUCGCAGGCUAGAACAGCUUUAAAACAAGAUGGCGUCUUUCGAAAAACUUUCAAGAGUAGUAUUAGUAAUCGUGGUAUCAAUAGACUUCAUCCUGACUUUAUUUUGAUAAAAUCUUCAUCUAUAGCAGUCUUGCACUGAUAUAACUCUUACAGUCAAACCGGAUGUUCUGUUCCCAUGAGUAUUGCAACAUUGCAAUCAAUCUUGCAAUGUUGAUUGCAAAUUGUUCCGAGCAAAUUACACGCAAGUAUGCAACUGUCAUUUUUUCAAGUUCCUAUCACUCCCGUGUUGGGUCAAGAGAAUAACAAAUCAAAAGGACUAAUAUCUUGCCUACCACUUGACAAAUUAAAGGUAAACUGGAAUGUAUAGAGAAUAUUUAUACAUGGUUGUGCGGAAAUAUGUAAUUUAUUUCGAGUGUUGAAGAGAAUAUUGCUAACGAGUGAGCGUAGCAAAUUGCAAGUUGCUCCAUUAUGUGAUUUAAUAAUCUAAAUUUUUGAGUAAUUAGGUCAUGGACAUAUUGUAAUUAUUAUGAGUAUUUACUAUUUUAUCUUCGUAUCAAACCAAAUAUAUAGCAUUGCGAGCUUUAAUUGCCAAUUGGUAUUAAACUGUGCCAGUUUGAGAACAUAAUUAUUAUGUUUACAUAUUUAAUUUAACUACCGCCAAAUAAAUCCCUCUUUGGCACUGAAUUUUGCAUGUUACUUAGUAUUUUUGUAUCACGUUAUGAUUAAAAUGGACAUAUUUCUUGAAUAAUACUUUUAAUCUGUCAAAUAAGAGGAAAAAUAUUAGUCCUCAUACUUUGUUUUGGAUUUGUUUUGGGGUAUCAAAGCCUUGGUAUUUCCAGAGGGUAUUAAAAUACAAAAUUAGCCUGUGACAGUAUGCUCCUGAUUUUACUUCAUAUUCGAUUUGAACAACACAAGUUCUACAACAAAAACGUACACGAUGUACUGUGCAAAUAUAAAACGUCAUAUUUAUAGAAUGAUAUUUGAUUGACAUGUUUACGCCACGCAUUUCAUACCGCACGGGUUUUCCCUGAGUUUUUAUAAUCAGGGCUUGCAUUUCCGGCAAUUGUUUUAUGGUUGAAUCUUCACGAAACAAUUACAAAUUUUAAAUAUAGACAAGCAAAUUAUAUUUGCGUGUAUAUCUUGACUGUUAUUUAAUGGAGGCCUCUGAAACUUAGCUAAACUAUAAAAACAAAGUAUAGUAUAAACGUAGCCCUGUUGUUUUAAAUGUCAGAAACUAUUAUUAGCUCAUGACUCCAUGUACAGACGUCUAAUCCCACGUCUUUGAAUCCACACAUUUUACAGCCUUAAUUAAUUAUUUUCUUUAAAUUGUUCUUAAAAGUAAUGAACUGUAUGAAUAGCAGAUAUUUAGCUCCAGAUAAAAAGAAACAUUUUUGUAUGAUUGUAAUCAGUUGUCGUGAUUCGGGAUAUAAAUGGUUCUCGUCCUCUUAAUUUAGAAGUCACUGGUUAAAUGUAAAUAUUAUAUCUGAAGCAGGCAUAUAAUUUCAACUAGCACAAUUUCGCACAAUUGCUGUAAAAAUGUGAUUCCGAGAAUGCAACAUCAAUGCAGUAAAGGCCUGAUUCCACGAGCGUUUUUUCUCGGCGAAAUGCGAAACAUUUCUACUUACUGCGAAAGGGGACAAAGUGGGACAAUUCAAUACAAUCGCUCAUGUGCAACCAGCGUAUUUCGCAGACACAAGUUCUCGUGACGAAUUUCGCCGUCGUGGAAUCAGGCCUUAAGGUCCAGAUCGAUUGGUCAAAAACAUCAUUUAUAAAUAAUGUCUUAUUACAAGGAGACAAAAUGUACUUGCAAGCUCUGAAUGAUGGCUUUGUUGUCUUAGAACCUGCUGUCGAAUUCUUAUCUGUCGAUAAUUUACCUAAACUUGUCAGUGUUUCAAGUUGUAUACAAACAUGUUUCUUACAAGGUAUGUGAUUCUGUGAUCGACACAAGUAAUAUACCACAUGUAGUGCAUGCAAAAACAACUACAACACCUGUGAAUCCUUUUGAUACACAAAAUAAUGAUACUAUAAACAGUCUGCCCACAGGCCUGAAUAUUAGCGGCCGGUCACGGACAUUGUCCGGUACAAUAAUGUUAUAGCGCAUCUAAAUAUUUGGAAAAUUUAAACUUGGAUCAAAGUUAUCGGUCAGUGAAAAUCGAAAAAUCGCGUCGCGUUGUCGAAUCGCGUCCGGCAUGUCUGGACCUUUAAUGCGCAGAUACAUGUACGCGGUCGCGUACCUAUUUUUUGUAAGUGUGUUUUACUUUUAAGUUAAGGUUACAGAACACCUUUGAGUGUUAAUUUUGCCUAAAAUUUUUUUAUUGGUUUCAAUGAAAGCAUUAGACUAGUUCUAGAUAAGCUCUGGAUAAUGGCUUUGGAUAAUGGCUUUGUUGUCUUAGAAACUGCCCAAAAUAUACCACUGAUCGAUUGGUCAAAAACAACAUUUAUAAAUAAUGUCUUAUUACAAGGAGACAAAAUGUACUUGCAAGCUCUGAAUGAUGGCUUUGUUGUCUUAGAACCUGCUGUCGAAUUCUUAUCUGUCGAUAAUUUACCUAAACUUGUUAGUGUUUCAAGUUGUAUACAAACAUGUUUCUUACAAGAUAUGUGAUUCUGUGAUCGACACAAGUAAUAUACCACAUGUAGUGCAUGCAAAAACAACUACAACACCUGUGAAUCCUUUUGAUACACAAAAUAAUGAUACUAUAAACAGUCUGCCCAUGGUGGUAGGACAAAAUAAUAGCAUUCUAUACCCAUUGUAGUAGAGUCCAUUGAGGCAAAAAAUAUCAUUGAUCUGCCCAUUGUGGUAGAGCCCAUUCAAGGCAAAUACUAUAGAUCUGCCCAUUGUGCCAAUGUGGUACAGCCCAUUGAGGCAAAAACUAUAGAUCUGUCCAUUGUGGUAUCUAGAGCCCAUUGAGGCAAAAACUAUUGAUCUGCCUGUGGUAGAGCCCAUUGAGGCACCAACUAUCAGCAAUCUGCCCAUUGCGAUGGGGGCCCAUUGAGGCACCAACUAUCAGACUAGGGGUCAGCCAAGGGGGAGGGGGUCGUGGUAUCCUAAAUAGCUGAUAAAUAUGGAUCAAAAUACCUAUUAUUAUGGUCAAAAUGUUACAUAAUACCUAAAGCAAUCAGAAGCUGUAUACCAGACCAAAUACCCAAAAUUAGUCAUAACAUUUAAAGUAAAUAUACAGUAUACUCGAAUUAAAUACCAUUAGAUCCUAUAUACACAAAACCCUAUGGCCGACCCUACAGACUGCUCUGCCCAUUGUGGUGGAGCCCAUUGAGGCACCAACUAUCAGUGAUCUGCCAUUAUGUGCAAAGGCAAUGAGUUUAUAGUGUUCCAUUUCUAGAUGUUUAUAGCUUUAAACAAAUGUGGAAUGUUGCUAAAUCAGGUUUAAUAUUAAAGAUUCCUAGAGCAACCCAGUGUGGAUUAUUGUCUGCACAUAUAUUGACUUACCAGCAAUUACAAGUAAUAUUAAAAGCAUUUCAACGGACUUUUUGUAUAAGAUCUGAGAUAUGUCCAUUGUUAGCAUAAUAUGAAAUAAUUCUAGUGGCCUACAUAUGGCUGUGUCACUACGAUAAUGCUCACAAUUUCUUAUUAUAUAUUUUUUCAGUUCUGACUGAGUACAAUCUUAAUCAUGUCACUGAAUGGUGUCAUCUGAAGCAUAUUAAACAUAAAUGUCAACAAAUACAUUUUGUCUACCCAUCGGCAGAUUGUUCGGUUGGUCUGUGAUAGGGGAAGCCAUGAAGGUGGCAUUACAUGUAAAACGAUAAUUGGAACAAAAACCGACUUUAUAGUAUUUUUAUAUAAACAUUGUUCUGUAUUCAGUGGCAAACUCACACAUGUGAUCACCAAGUUUAUACUUUAUAGUGCACUUUUUAUAAGAUGAGAUGUAAGAUACAAUCAGGGACGCCGGAACUGGGGGGCAGGAAGGGCAGCCGCCCCCAUUGCCCUUUACCAGGAGGGGCAAGGGGGGCAAAGGUGUCCUUUCAAUUUAAAGGAUUGCCUUGGCAAAAUAGCGAAUUGUCAGAAAUGUUAGUGGAAUUCUUUUACUAAUUUGCUUCAGAAAACGCAAGAAUUGCAGUCAUCGAGCUUCAUGAAUAGCAUAAUCGCCUGGCGGAGAACCCCCUCACACCCCUAUCAUCCAAUAAAUAGAAAACAUGAUUAGGUGAAGUUCAACUCCCGAUGUUUUGCAAACAUCUCUUAGUAUAUAUCAAUUCAAAAGUGCCCUUUCACGAAAAUCUGCCACCCUUGCCUUCACAUCGUUCCGGCGUCCCUGAUACAAUUGUAGAAGGUAAUUGAUGUAGAACAUGUGUAAGACAUUAAAUCAUACAUACAGUGAAAAAGUACAUCCUGCAUGUACAUAUCGGCAGCAUUUUGCUUGCGAUAGUAAUUCCUAGUUACUGAUUUUCAAACGAGUUGUGCUCCUGCGGGUUUUAACAAAUUUUUCUCAAAUUUUCACAGGACAUAGCUAAAUACGUCAGUUUCAAAAUUGUGUUCGGCUUUUUUUUAAUUUUGGAUAUUUUAGAAAUAAAGAGCAAUUCACUCAAACAAUUGAGAAAUAUAUUGCAGUCGUCAAAGAAAUCGCCAUAUCAGCGGAACGACGAAAUAAACAAAAAUUUCCGAACACAAUAUGAACACCGUUUCGCACAGCCACAGGGAGGCAUGAAAUGAGAAUGUAUACUGCCCAACAUUUUGACAACGACGUUUUCGCUUGAUUUUUCACGAGUCGCUAGUUGAUACCGAAGAACCUUUGUUUGAGAUUGAAUAACUAAGGGAUGAAGAGUCAUCACUAAAUUUAAUAUUUCACCCAUUAUGAGUGUGUUUGUGGAAACUUACAAAACUCUCGAUCACCCUCUCUUCACCCUUUGGGACGCGCUUUCCUCAGUUUCACACAAACCGGAAAUGCUCCUGACGAAAUUCUCAUGCUAACUACUAACUACUGUACACGAAGGAAAAGUCCAAAUUAUAUUUUGUUCAUAAUUUAUCGAAUGAUAACUAACGCACAACUGAAUACUGUUAUUGAGCUAAGGAAGAGGGAUAUAAUUCACCUUAGGAAUUAAGGGCGUCUCUUCUAUCAUGAAAACACACAAUUUCGAAAACAAAAUUAAUAAACAUGAAACAUUCAAACUUGCGUCCUAUAUUUCUUCUCAUUUCUUCAAACAAAAAUUACUUCAACGCUCAUUGUGUGAAACGUGAUUUUCCAAAUAUAUGCUUUUGAAAAUUGAAAUAUUGCGUAUCCCACUCAGUGAUCUCACUUCUGACAAACAGCCAUAUUUUUGAGAUCAGUGAAGUCCACCCAUGAACCAUAAUCACGCGCCUGCGAUCAUUGAUGAACUUUAGACUUCGCUAACGCUUUCCUUUCCCCCGGUGUAAAUAGCUGGGCGGAAUUAGUACCCUCGCCCCGGGCUAACGCCCGGAACGGCUCAUGGAUUAAAAACCUAUUGUAUUUGACUAAUGAUCUUAACUAUUUUGUUAUAGUUUGGCGGCGGUGGAAAUUCACAACCUCGACAGACAACCAACGUCUCGUUUGUAAAUACAUCAUCCAAUGCACAACAAAAUGGAGAUGAUGAGGAGGAAUGGGAAUGA